AUGUCCACAGUUUGCUCAGGGUACACGGGCUUAAUGGAGAUGAUGUUGCGUGAAGGUAAUGCCCAAUAUUCGCAAGCACGGGAAUCAGAGCCUAGGCGCUAUGACGAUAAGGCGACUUUGUACGUGCUACUGAAGGCUGGAGCACCUGCAGUAAAAGUACAUUGGGACCGGAACCGAAUGAAAUCGGUCAACCAGAAAGAUAAGAAACCGACCUACAGUCCCAUGAGGCAGAUCGGGACAGGAGGCUAG